AAGACCUGUCCGGUCAUCACCAUGAGUUCGGCUGAAUGUGAUGUUGAUGUUUCUAAGGCUGUGGUGAAUGGGUUGGCGCCAGGCAACAAUGGGCAAGACAAAGCCACUGCCAGGCCUUUACGUGCACGCUCUAUUUCUGCUGUUAAAAUAAUUCCUGUGAAGACAGUGACAAACUCUGCAGGCCUAGUGCUCCAGACAGACAUGGAUCCUACAAAAAUCUGCACUGGGAAGGGAGCAGUGACUCUCCGAGCCUCAUCGUCCUACAGAGAAGUCCCGAGCAGUAGCCCUGUGAGCCCUCAGGACACGCCACCCUCUGAAAGCAAACCAGGUCUGGAGCCAGAGAAUUCCUCAGCAGAUGAGUGGAGGCUUUCUUCCAAUGCUGAUGCCAAUGGAAACGCCCAACCCUCUUCACUCGCUGCCAAGGGCUACAGAAGUGUGCAUCCCAACCUUCCUUCCGACAAGCCCCAGGAUGCCACUUCCUCCAGCCCAGCCCAGCCUGAGAUAAUAGUAGUCCCUCUCUACCUGGUUAAUACUGACAGAGGGCAAGAAGGCACUACCAGACCUCCAGCAUCUCUGGGGCCACUUGGCCGCACUCCCACAUUCCCGGCGACCGCCCCUGCCAGCUCACCUCUGACCUUGCCGACACUAGAUGAUUUCAUUCCCCCUCAUCUGCAGAGGCGCCCCCACCACAGCCAGCCAGCCAGUGCCUCUGGCUCCUUUCCCCCUGUUAGCCAGACUUCACCAUCCUUCUCACCACCACCUCCACUGGUUCCCCCAAUCCCGGAGGACCUCCACAGAGUCUUGGAGCCUGACCUCAAGGGAGCUGUUUCAAGUACCGGUUCAAGUCCUCUGCUAAAUGAAGUUUCUUCCUCCCGUAUUGGGACGGAUUCCCAAACCUCUACACCAGUCAGCAAGCCAUCAUCCGCUUAUCCCUCCACAACAAUCGUCAAUCCUACCAUUGUGCUCUUGCAACACAAUCGAGAACAGCAAAAACGACUCAGUAGCCUUUCAGAUUCUGUCCCGGAAAGAAGAGUGGAAGAGCAGAACUUGGUACCAACCCAGGAAAAACCCACCUCACCAGGCAGGGCUACUGAGAGAAAAGCAAAGGAUGGUAGGCGGGUGGUGAAGAGUGCUCAGGACCUGAGCGAUGCAUCCAUGGAUGAAGUGGGCAUCCCACUCCGGAACACCGAAAGAUCAAAAGACUGGUACAAGACUAUGUUUAAACAGAUCCACAAACUAAAUAGAGACACUCCUGAAGAAAACCCUUAUUUCCCUACGUACAAAUUCCCAGAACUUCCUGAAAUCCAGCAAAAUUCUGAAGAGGACAGGCCUUACACUCCUACCUACCAGUUUCCUGCAUCUACUCCUAGUCCUAAAUCUGAAGAUGAUGAUUCAGAUCUGUACUCGCCUCGAUACUCCUUUUCUGAAGACACAAAGUCUCCCAUUUCUGUGCCUCGUUCAAAAAGUGAGAUGAACUACAUUGAUGGUGAGAAGGUAGUUAAGAGGUCAGCCACACUACCGCUCCCAGCCCGCUCUUCCUCCCUAAGAUCCAGCCCAGAAAGAAACGAUUGGGAGCCCCCAGAUAAGAAAGUGGACACGAGAAAAUACCGUGCAGAGCCCAAAAGCAUUUACGAAUAUCAGCCGGGCAAGUCCUCCGUUCUGACCAACGAAAAGAUGAGUCGGGAUAUAAGCCCAGAAGAGAUAGAUUUAAAGAAUGAACCUUGGUAUAAAUUCUUUUCGGAAUUGGAGUUUGGGAAACCGCCUCCCAAAAAGAUAUGGGAUUAUACUCCUGGAGACUGCUCUAUCCUUCCUAGAGAGGAUAGAAAGACUAAUCUAGACAAAGAUCUCAACCUCUGCCCAACAGAGUUAGAGGCAGAUUUAGAAAAAAUGGAGACGCUUAAUAAGGCACCCAGUGCAAACCUGUCACAGAGCUCAGCAGUCAGCCCCACUCCGGAAACAUCUUCAGAGCCUCCUGGAUAUAUAUAUUCUUCCAACUUCCACGCGGUGAAGAGGGAAUCAGAUGGGGCCCCCGGGGAUCUCGCUAGCUUGGAGAAUGAGAGGCAGAUUUAUAAAAGUGUCUUGGAAGGUGGCGACAUCCCUCUUCAGGGCCUAAGUGGGCUCAAGCGACCAUCCAGCCUGGCUUCCACUAAAGAUUCAGAAUCACCGAGACAUUUUAUACCAGCUGACUAUUUGGAGUCCACGGAAGACUUUAUUCGAAGACGUCAUGAUGAUAAAGAGAAACUUUUAGCGGACCAGAGACGACUUAAGCGCGAGCAAGAAGAGGCCGAUAUUGCAGCUCGACGCCACACGGGUGUCAUUCCAACACACCAUCAGUUUAUCACUAAUGAACGCUUUGGGGACCUCCUCAAUAUAGACGAUACGGCAAAAAGGAAAUCUGGGUCAGAGAUGAGACCUGCCAGAGCCAAAUAUGACUUUAAAGCUCAGACACUAAAGGAGCUUCCUCUGCAGAAGGGAGAUAUUGUUUACAUUUACAAGCAGAUUGAUCAGAACUGGUACGAAGGCGAGCACCACGGCCGGGUGGGGAUCUUCCCACGCACCUACAUCGAGCUUCUCCCUCCUGCUGAGAAGGCUCAGCCCAAAAAGUUGACGCCAGUGCAGAUAUUGGAAUAUGGUGAAGCGAUUGCUAAGUUUAACUUUAAUGGUGACACGCAAGUAGAAAUGUCCUUCCGAAAGGGAGAGAGGAUCACGCUGCUGCGACAGGUGGAUGAGAACUGGUAUGAAGGGAGGAUCCCGGGGACGUCCCGACAAGGCAUCUUCCCCAUCACCUACGUGGACGUGAUCAAACGGCCACUGGUGAAAACUCCCCUGGACUACAUUGACCUGCCUUUCUCCUCCUCCCCAAGUCGUAGUGCCACUGGGAGCCCACAGUUUCCCAGUCAUAGCAAGCUCAUCACGCCAGCCCUCUCAUCUCUGCCCCACCCUUACCAAACUGUGUCCCCUGAGAUGCGUGCCAUCACCUCUGAGUGGAUCUCACUGACUGUGGGGGUCCCAGGCAGGCAUCCUCUGGCCCUGACCCCACCCUUGCCUCCGCUGCCAGAGGCUUCUCUCUAUAACACUGACCCCCUUGCCUUGUCGGUGGGGGCCAGUCCCUCUCUGCCCAUCAGCCUCCCUCGUUCUAGCUGGUCACAUCGUGCUUCCCCAUACUCGGUAGCUUCCCCACUGGCCCUGCCUCACCCCCACAAACCCUACUCCCUGGAACCCAUUGUCCAGGCCUCCCUUCACGUCAACGGAGACAGUGGUAUCCAUUUACCACCUUCGGGUGUCCGCCAGGAUAGCUUCUCUCAGCCGCUGCUUAGAAGCUCUGAGAAGGUCAUCUCGGAGCUUAGCGAUGCCUUUAGCAGCCAGAGCAAGUGGCAGCAAUGGAGGGAAGAUAGCAGACAGUCUGAGUGGCAAGCAGAGAAGGAAGCAGGUGAGAGAGGCCCUGGCAGACCCAAGAUCUCUCAGAAGAGCUGCUUGAAACCUUCAGAUGUGGUCAGGUGCCUGAGCACUGAACAGAGACUCUCAGAUCUCCACACCCUUGAGGAAGGCCGGCCCCGCAAGCCCCUGGGUAGCCCUUUUGCUGGAGGGGAGGCCAAGCAGACAGAGCCGUGUAGAGGUGGCGAGCAGGCCGCAAGGAAAGCUGCUCUGAGUGGUGUGAGCCAGCAACCUCAAGCCCAGCACCGAAGAGUCACCCCAGACAGGCGUCAGACCUCACAAGAUUUAUUUAGCUACCAAGCAUUAUAUAGCUAUAUACCACAGAAUGAUGAUGAGUUGGAACUCCGAGAUGGAGAUAUCGUUGAUGUCAUGGAAAAAUGUGACGAUGGGUGGUUUGUUGGUACAUCAAGAAGGACAAGGCAGUUUGGUACUUUUCCAGGAAAUUAUGUAAAACCUUUGUAUCUGUAAGAAGACAAAACCACCGAGAUUGUUUUU